GACACUGAGGUAGUCAAACCAAAUCAAAGAUAGGCCUGGGGAAAAACUUCCAGUUUAGUCUCCUGGAAAGUCUUGCAAAAAGUCUUGCCAAGAACAUCAGUUACUGCUUAUUCCUGAAGAAUUUUUUUUAGAUGGCUUGGGUUUAGAAGGCAACCGAUGGAGAAAUUCCAGGCCGCAAUGCUCCUGGGGGCAGUAGGAGAUGCUCUAGGGUACUACAAAGGCCGCUGGGAAGGCUGCAUGUCAGGGUCUCAGAUACAGAAAGAGCUCUCGGAGCUUGGGGGACUGGCGGCUCUUAAACUGGAUCCAGAAAACUGGCCUUUGAGUGAUGGAGCUUUGAUGCACAUGACCACAGCGGAGGCCCUUGUUACAGAUUACUGGUGUCUGGAAGACUUGUACAGAGAGGUUGUGCGGCUCUAUGUAGCAGCCAUGGUGUCCCUUCAAGGUCGUGCUCCCGACCCCAGCACGGUAGAAGCUUGUUCCUACCUCAAACCCUACAACUACCUGCUGGCCUGGCACACGCCAUUUAAUGAAAAAGGUUCUGGCUUUGGAGCCGCCACGAAGGCUAUGUGUGUAGGUAUGCGCUACUGGCAGCCUGAAAGACUGGACACCCUGGUGGAAGUGAGCAUCGAAAUAGGCCGGAUGACCCACAACCACCCCAUAGGCUUUUUGGGAUCUCUUUGCACUGCCCUCUUCGCCUCGUACGCAAUCCAAGGCAAGCCGGUGGUGACCUGGGGCCGUGAUCUCAUGCAGGUGAUCCCCAAGGCUGAGGAAUACUGUAGGAAGACUAUACGUCACAUGGCAGAGUACCAGGAGAAAUGGUUUUACUUUGAAGCCAAGUGGCAGUUCUAUCUACAGGAAAGAGAGAUUGAGGAGGACGGACAGAACAAGCCUCUUUUCCCUGAUUCAUAUGAUGCAGAUAUGACGGAUAAGGUGUAUAAGAGCUGGAGCUCAGAAGGCCGAGGAGGGCACAGGGGCCACGAUGCACCUAUGAUCGCCUACGAUGCUCUGCUGGCUGCCGGCUCAGACUGGGGCGAGCUGUGCAAGCGGGCCAUGUUUCACGGAGGAGAGAGCAGCGCUACAGGUCUGAUUGCUGGCUGUCUCUACGGCCUGCUUUACGGACUGACCCACGUGCCCUCAGGACUGUACCAAAACCUGGACAAGAGGGAGACGCUGGAAGAGCUUGGAGCCAAACUGUACAACAUGGCAGCUGUAGAAAAGGAUAUAGAGAAAUAACACUCUGCAUCUCACCUCCUUGUUCACACAGGAAGUUCAUAUGGUUUAUAAGCUGCACAGCUACAGCAGCCACACACCCCUCCUGUACCUCUUCUCGGCAUUCUAUUUAUUACCCUCUGACACCAUGCUUUGUCUGUUAACAGACUUGUACUGUAAAUUAAGUCAAGAAUUAAGUCGAGGAUUGAAAUAACCAGAAGAACUGAAGAUAAUCUAAACAAAUUAUCGAUUGCAGAUUUGUCAAGUAUGUGCAACUUACAAAAAAAAACCCACAAAAUGUGUAAUUGUUUGCUCCAAAAAAGACUUUUAUAUAUUUUGGCCAGAGGGUUUGCCAAUUAAGGUUGCCUGGUCAAAUUAUAGUGUAAUGUACCCUGUGCAUGCUUUGGUGCGUGUAUAUUAUGUAAA